UUAAAAAGGCAAUCAAUAAAUAAAUUAAGAAUAAGAAUAUAUAUUUUUGUGUUGUUUUUAAAUUGGAAGCACGCACACAACAUUCAGGACGUAAUGCAAUAGUGAUAAAAAAUUUAACAACGAGGAAAAUAUCUACAGGAAUUUUAUGCUUAAACAAAAAGAAAAGAACAAAUUUUAAUUUUAUGUGCUAUUAAAACUCUAGUUCUUAUCCCUAAUCCUCACACAAAUACUUGAAAAAUGCCAAGAAAUGGUUGCGAUUCCAGUACAAAUGAUAGCGGCGCUUGUGGAGGCGGUAAUGAUGGUUGCAUUUAUUCCGAUGAAGAAUUAAUGGAAACGGGAGUUGUAUUCAGAGUCAAAUAUACCGGUUGUAUUGAGGUGAAGACCUCAAUGUCGUCCCUUGAUUUCAGUACGAGAACACAAGUUGCAAGAGAAUGCAUAAAUCGUGUCUGUGAAACUGCAGGUCUGAAAGUAGCAAGCAAACGACGUGUUGACAAGAAAAUUCUGCAGUACAUAUCUGAUAAACCAUGCAUGGAAAAUGCUGGUAGAAAUGUGUUGAUGAGUGUGUCGAGUCGUUCAAUAGAAAUUAUUAACGUAGAAAAUGGGGAGAUAAUAGCUGGUCACAAUAUGCCACGCAUAUCCUUUGCGUCAGGUGGAGAUGCCAAUACUCUUGAUUUCCUUGCUUACAUCGCAAAGAAUGAAGAUGAAUGGCGUGCUUGCUAUGUGAUAGAAUGUUACCCUGGACAGAGUGAAGAUCUAAUAGUUACCAUUGGCAAAUCCUUUAUGCUCCGUUUCAAUGCACUAAGCCGGAAAACUCAUCAACCUCCAGAAAAUUACAACACCGGUAAAGAAAAUGAUAAAGAUUAUUAUAAUGAUUUGCCCAAUAAGCUACCACCUGACUUGUUAACUGAAGAUGAUUUAACGAAGCAGCAAAUGCAAGUACAACAACAACAAAAACAACAAUUUAAAGUUGGACAAUUAAAUUUGAAGAAGCCACGAGAUCGUCUUAGCAGUAAUUUAAUUGAUUUAAAUAGUCCUCCACCUGAUCAAACAAGCAGUAAAGUUAAUUUGAAUAGUUUUGAUCCAAUGAAAAGCAACUCCAAUACACCAAAUGCAGUACAGGCACCAGUUCGUGAUGUUUUUGAUAUACAACCUUAUUCAUUAUGUGCUGAAGUGCAACGUUCACAACUCAUGACAGAAUCCUGGUUCCAUGCAACUAUAAGUCGUCCAGUUGCUGAAAAUUUGUUGAAAAAUGAUGGAGAUUUUUUGGUCCGCGAAUCUCAGGGUAAAGUUGGUCAAUAUGUAUUGACAGGUCUGGAAGGUAAAACACCAAAGCAUUUGCUACUUAUUGAUCCCGAAGGUGUUGUACGUACAAAGGAUCGUAUAUUUGAUAGUAUUAGUCAUUUAAUUAAUUAUCAUUGGACAAAUUCAUUACCAAUAAUAUCAGAAGAUUCUGAAUUAGUAUUACGGAAUCCUGUUUUAAGACAUCAACAACAACAGCAGCAGUCACAACAACAACAGCACCAGCAUCAUCCAAAUCACCAACAACAACAGCAGCAGCAGCAGCAAUUUACGCACUCAAAGCUCAGCUCUUAAGAGUUUAAUAGAUAUUUUAAUUAGAGAAUUUAUAAUUUAUUAGUUUAUUUCCUUUUAUUAUUAUUAUUG